AUUUCUGGCAGUUCCCUGUCGAUGUACUGCUGGAGUCUCUUUUGAAUGAUCUUCAGCAGAAUUUUGCUUGCGUGUGAUAUUAAUGAUAUUGUUAGAUAAUUUCCACAUUUGGUUGGAUCACCUUUCUUGGGAAAAGGCAUAAAUAUGGAUCUCUCCAGUCAGUUGGCCAGGAAGCUGUCUUCCGUGUUUCUUGGCAUAGACGAGUGAGCACCUCCAGUGCUGCAUCUGUUUGUUGAAACAUCUCAAUUGAUAUUCCAUCAAUUCCUGGAGCCUUGUUUUUCACCAAUGCCUUCAGAGCAGCUUGGACUUCUUCCUUCAGUACCGUCGGUUCCUGAUCAUAUGCUACCUCUUGAAAUGGUUGAACAUCGACUAAUUCUUUUUGAUAUAAUGACUCUGUGUAUUCCAUCCAUCUUCUUUUGAUGCUUCCUACAUCGUUUAAUGUUUUCCCCAUGGAGUCCUUCACUAUUGCAACUCGAGGCUUGAAUUUUUUCUUCAGUUCUUUCAGCUUGAGAAACACUGAGCAUGUUCUUGCCUUUUGGUUUUCCAUCUCAAGCUCUUUGCACAUGUCAUUAUAAUACUUUUACUUUGUCUUCUUGAGCUGCACUUUGAAAUCUUCUGUUCAGUUUUGUAUAAAGGGAAGUAUACCAUAUGUACUAUUUUGGGUCUAGCUUCAUUUGUUCAACAAAAUGAUUUUGAGAUUCAUCCAUGUUAUUGCGUUUAUUACUAGUUUGUUCCUUUUAAAUGCUCAGUACUCUGCUAUGAUAUGAAUAAGUUUUAUUUGCUUAUCUACAUCCCUGUUGAUGUACAGGUGGUUAUUACUUGGUUAUUAUGAAUAAAAUUGUAAUGAACAUCCUGAUGCAAGUCUUUGUGUGAGCAUAUGCUUUUACAUUUCUUUUGGAUAAAUACCUAGGAGUGGAAUUACUGGAUCAUAUAAUAAGCGCAUGCUUACCUUUAUAAGAAAUUGUCAACAUGUCUUCUAAAGUACCACUUAACAUUCCCAACAGUGCUACAUGAGAAUUUCUGUUGUUCUGCAUCCUCACCAAUGCUUGCUAUCAUCAAUCUCUUUAAUUUUUGCUAUUGUUUUGAGUGUGUAGUGGUAUUUCAUUACGAUUUUAAGUUGCAGUCCUCUGAUGACUAAUGAUAUGUUAAACAUCUUUUUGUGUGCUUAUUGGAUAUUUGUAUAUCUUCCGUGAAGUGACUAGUCAGAUGUCUUUCCCAUUUUCAAUUGGGUUGUUUGUCUUAUUAUUGAGUUGUAAGAGUUGUUACAUUUGCUAGGUACAGCUCCUUUGUCAGAUAUGUGUUGCUAACAUUUUGUUCCAAUUUGUAGCUUAUAGUUUCAUUUUGUUAAUGGUGUCUAUCAAAGAGCAAGCAUUUUAAUUUUGACAAAGUCUAAUUAUCAUUUUUUUCUUUUAUUGUUAGUACUUUCUGUGACCAGUUUAAGAAAUUUUUGCCUACCACAAUUUCACAAAGGUUUUCUCAUAUUUUUUCUGUCAUUUUUGCUUUUUCAAUUUGGCCCGUGAUCCAUUUUUUUGGUAAUAUUUUUGUGUAUGGUAUGACAUAGGACUGAUGUUUGUUUUUCUCAAUAAUGGAUAUCCAGUUGUUCCAGAACUAUUUGUUGAAGAAACUUUCUUUUUCCUGUUGAAUCUCCUUGUCACUUUUAUAAAUAAUCUACUCUCUUUAACUUAAAAACAAAAAACAAACAACCCAAUCAGAAAAUAGACAUUUCACCAAAAAGGAUGUACAAAUGACCAAAUAAGCACAUGAAAAGGUGUUCAACAUCAUUAGCCACUAGGGAGAUGCAAAUCAAAACCACAAUGAGAUACCACCUCACUCCCACUAGAAUGGCUAUGAUAAAAAAAAAAAGUAAAACAACAGAUGUUGGCAAGGAUGUGAAGAAAUUGGAAUCCUGAUCCAUUGCUGGUGGGAAUGCAAAGUGGUAUAGCCACUGUGGAAAAUAGUUUGGCUAUUCCUCAGAAAGUUGAACAUAGAAUUACCAUACAUCCCAGCAAUCUCAAUCCUAGGUGUAUACCCAAAAAGAAUUGAAAGCAGGAAUGCAAACAGAAACCUGCACACCAGUGUUCAUUGCAGCACUAUUCACAAUAGCCAAAAUGUGGAAACAACUGAAAUGUCUGUCAACAGAUGAAUGAAUAAAUGUUCUGGAUUGAAUUAUAUCCCCCCAAAAGUAUGUGUAUUAACUUGGUUAGACCACGAUUCCCAGUAUUUUGUGGUUGUCCUCCAUUUUGUGAUUGUAAUUUUAUGUUAAAUAGGAUUGGGGUGGCAUUGUGACACCCUUACCAGGUCACAUCCCUGAUCCAAUGUAAAGGGAGUUUCCCUGGGGUGUGGCCUGCACCACCUUUUAUCUCUCAAGAGAUAAAAGGAAAGAUAAGCUAAAAAAAAAAGCUAGCAGAGAAAAAAAAAAGAUAAGCUAGCAGAGAAGGGGGACUCAUAUCACCAAGAAAGAAGCACCAGGAGCAGAACGCGUCCUUUGGACUCGGGGUUCCUGCGCAGAGAAGCUCCUAGUCCAGGGGAAGAUUGAUGAGAAGGACCUUCCUCCAGAGCUGACAGAGAAAGAAAGCCUUUCCCUGGAGUUGACGGCCUGAAUUUGAACUUCUGGCCUGCUAGACUGUGAGAAAAUAAAUUUCUCUUUGUUAAAGCCAUCCACUUGUGGUAUUUCUGUUAUAGCAGCACUAGAUGACUAAGAAACAAAUUUGGUACCGAGAGAGUGGAGUACUGCUCUAACAGAUACUUAAAAUGUAGAAGCAGUUUUGAAACUGAAUGGAUAGAAGACUCAGAAGGAAGUGAGGAGAACUCUUAACACCGUAGAAGGUGCAGAUGGUGAGAAACAGCAGCAGAGGACUGGCAGUAGGAGAUCCAGGAGACCAGACAGCGGUAGCGCUGACCCAUGGAGCAAGAGAGCUCACUGCCUGUGCGCAGGAGGCUUCUUGGCAGAGUGGGGUUGCCUCCAGGCACUUAUUGGUGGAGCUAGACUUGCUGACUCACAGAGUGAGAGAGCUGAGUGCCUUCUAGUCAAAGUUUACUGGAGGAAUGGCAUGCCUCCAGGCACUUAUCAGUGGAGCUACAGAGCUUUGGCACACUUGUCCCAGCAGGGCAGAUGCAGGUGUGAGGUCUGAAGGGCCAGGAGGCCAAGAAACGGGGAAGCAGAAGCUGAAGAGACAAGAAACACAGGAAGCCUAGCUGCCUGAGUCUCAAAAGGUAACAAAUUUGGGAUUGAGACCUCACAACACAGAACUACUGAAAAAGCUACAUUUCAUAGUGAAAUGGAGGGUGAAGAUACAAGAGAUGAUUCAUUGUAUUCCAUUUUAGAAGAACUGUGGCAAGAUGCUGAGCAGAUAGAGAGAUAUCAGGAAAAACGAAACAAACCUCUGAAUCAUACUGCUUUCAUCAGCAAGAAAGUAUUGACUACAGAGUGGAAUUAUGAAAAUAAAGACGUUGGAAAAUUUGAUCAUCCAAGCCCAAACCUUACUCUAUCACAGAAAAGGUCCCAUAAACGUGUCUCAGUUGGAAAGAGUUUUAAGCAUAAUUUAGAUGUACAUAUUCAUAAUACAAACAGUGCAACAAAGAACUUUGAUAAAAUUAUUGGACACAGUCAAGUUUUCACCCAGAGUUCUUAUACUAGCCAUGAAAAUACUCAUACAGGAGUGAAAUUAUGUGGAAGUAAUCAGUGUGGAAAUCUCCUCAGCCUCAAACGAGCACUCAGUCAAAAUCUGAAAUUUCCUGUGGGGGAGAAAGCAAACACAUGUACUGAAUUUGGGGAUAUCUUUGCCCAGGAGUCACACCAGUUUUCACCCCAGGGAAUUAAUACUGUGGAAAAACCUCAUGAACUUAGCAAAUGUGUAAAUGUUUUUACACAGAAGCAGCUGCUCAGUAUAUAUCUGAGAGUUCAUAGAGAUGAAAAACUACAUAUAUGUACUGAAUGUGGGAAGGCCUUUAUCCAGAAUUCAGAAUUAAUUAUACAUGAGAAGACUCAUACCAGAGAGAAACCCUAUAAAUGCAGUGAAUGUGGAAAAUCAUUUUUCCAAAUGUCAUCUCUAUUUAGGCAUCAGCCAACUCAUACUGGAGAAAAACUCUAUGAAUGCAGUGAAUGUGGGAAAGGCUUCUCCCUGAACUCAGCCCUCAAUAUACAUCAGAAAAUUCAUACUGGAGAGAGACAGCACAAAUGUAGUGAGUGUGGGAAAGCCUUUACCCAAAAAUCAACGCUCAGGAUGCAUCAGAGAAUUCAUACAGGAGAGAGAUCCUAUAUAUGUACUGAAUGUGGGCAGGCCUUUAUCCAGAAGGCACAUUUGAUUGCACAUCAAAGAAUUCAUACUGGAGAGAAGCCUUAUGAAUGCAGUGAGUGUGGGAAAUCCUUCCCUUCCAAGUCACAACUUCAGAUGCAUAAGCGGAUCCAUACAGGAGAGAAACCCUAUAUAUGUACUGAAUGUGGAAAGGCCUUCACCAACAGGUCAAAUCUCAAUACCCACCAGAAAUCCCAUACUGGAGAGAAGUCUUAUAUAUGUGCUGAAUGUGGGAAGGCUUUCACUGACAGAUCAAAUUUCAAUAAACAUCAGACAAUUCAUACUGGAGAGAAGCCCUAUGUGUGUACAGAUUGUGGUAGGGCCUUCAUCCAGAAGUCAGAGUUAAUUACACAUCAGAGAAUUCAUACUACAGAGAAGCCUUAUAAAUGUCCUGACUGUGAGAAAUCUUUCUCCAAGAAACCACAUCUCAGAGUACAUCAGCGAAUUCACACAGGAGAGAAACCAUACAUAUGUGCACAAUGUGGGAAAGCCUUCACGGACAGGUCAAAUUUCAAUAAACACCAGACAAUUCAUACUGGAGAUAAACCCUAUAAAUGCAGUGACUGUGGAAAGGGUUUCACGCAGAAAUCAGUUCUUAGUAUGCAUCGCAAUACUCAUACAUGAAAGUAACCCUGUUUCUUGAAAAUUAGGAAGCCUUAUCACAGAAGUCAGCUCUAAGUGUAAAUUACAGGAUUCAUCUAAGAUAGAUUCUAUGUGAAAAUAUCGUAUAAGGAAAAGCAUUCAUUAGGUUCUCUCACCUGACAUGAGAAAAAUUAUUCAGAAGAGGAGGAAUUUUCCGUAUUUGCACAGCCUCAUAAAAUAAAAUAGAGUUCAUACUGGGUAAAAAUGCUGUCAGUUUGCUGCAUUAGGAAAAGCCUUUUUAUAAAAAGUUAUAAGGCAAAUUGUUAUCAAAUUCUUUAUAAAAAGGAUGAUGUGAAAUUAUGUAAUGACAGUCAAGCUUACUGUGGUAUAUUAAGCAAUUUAACUACAAAAUGAAACUUAGGACAACAAAAUGAUAUAUGUGCUGUGUAGUCUCACUUCUAUAUAGGAUGUGUUUGUGGCAGAACACAUAUAACAGGAGGAACAAUUGAAAUUAUUUUUUGAAUUUAGCAUAACUGUGUCUAUAAAAUAUGUUGCCCAGUAGCCAUGAGUCGGAAUCGAUUCGACGGCAACGGGUUUAAUUUGUUUUUUUUGUUGAAUAUUUCUUUCAAAUGAAUCCACAAUUUAAAAUAGCCAGAUUCUUCCCAUCCCUUUAUGCAUGUCCCUUUGCAUUGUUACUUUGCUGUUUCUCUUAUUAAGAGAGUAUCUUUCUCUACUCUUUAACGCUGAGCUUGGCUACCUGACUUGCUUUGGACAAUGGAACAUUAGCAAAGAGAUUCAGGAAGAGGCUUGAAAAGCAUGAAAAGCCUACUUUGAGGCUUUUACCUUCUCUUCAUACUCUUUGGAAUCCUGAGACCUCCAUGUGAAAUACUUAAGUUGGCACUUGAAGACCCUCUCAGCUAAACAAAAGUGCUUCUAAAAAGCUUUACAGCAUAGUCCCAGAGCAGCCUGACACAUUGCACAAAGCAAAGAGAGGCCUAUCUUAAAAAGAAUUGUCAGUGUUGCAUAUGGGGCAUGGAGUAGAUCUGAACCAGAUUUAUAGGAAGCCCAUAAAGUUUUUAAAUGGAGUUUUACUACUGAAAUUACCUCCAGGUUGGACCUAAAGGGACUAAACCAGUUCAAAUGAAAAGUGGCCUCUGGACUCCUCUCCCUAACUUCUAUGAACAGGAAGCAAGCUGAGAAAGCUACUCAACUGCAAACAUGGGCCAUUUCUUAUGAGAAAAGAAGGGCAUCUCAGAAGACCCAAGGACAGUAUAGUGAAAUGGACUGAGGAGCCACUCCUGGGGAGAACUGCCAAAAUCAAGAAACAUUAUCUGCCCUUGGAAUAGGGGGACCUGCAACAUUUACUCUGUUAUAUUUCAGAUAGUAUGGACCAGUGGCUGUUACGUGCCUCUUGUUCUUCCCCUUUUUGAAUGGGAGUGUCUGUUGCAGUUAUACUGUGUGUGUGUGUGUGUGCGUAUAUAUAAAAUUGUGUUUGCAGGGGUUAGAUAACUUGUCAUUUAGCCCACAGAUCUCUGGAUCAAGAAACUGGGAAACUGCACCCAAGGAACCUCAGCCAUAUCUAAACCUGAUGCAGGAGACUCGAGAUCCUGGGUUUAAACCUGAUGGCAUAAUUGGGAUGAAGCAUUUGGAGGUCCCAGAAGGGGGGGUGACAUAUUUUGCAUGAGGGAAUAAAGUGAAUGAUUUUUUUUUCCAUAAGACAGGCUGUGGUAGAUAGAAAAAUGCUACAGAUUUCUUCCAUACCUGUAUGUAUGUCUUUUCCAUCUUUUUUCUCAUUGUGUUUCAGUUAAGACAGUUUCCAUUGACCUAUCUUCAAGUUCACUGAUGCCCCACCCCACCCCAGACUCUUACCUAGUCUACUGAUGAACCUGUCGAUGGCAGUCUUCAUCUCAGUUAUGUUUUCUUAUUUCUAGCAUUUCCAUUGCACUCUUUCUUGUACUCUCUGCUGUAAUUCCCUAUCUGUUCAUGUACAUUAUUCUUUUUUUUUAACUGUAACCUUUAAAAAAAUUUUUUUAACGUAUUAGUCAUAAAAAGAAAUUCAUAGCUAUUUUAAAUUUUCUGUCUGAUAUUUCCAACAACUGGGUCAACUAAGUCUGGGUCAGUUGAUCGCUUUAUUUCUUGACAGUGGAUUUUCUCUUGCUGUUUUGUGUCUAAUAAUUUUUUUAAUAUUUUGUUGUUUAUGGUGAAAGUUUACAGAGCAGAUUAGUUUCCCACUCAACAAAGUGUACACAAAAUGUUCCAUGACAUUGGUUGCAAUCCCCACACUUUGUCAGUACUCUCCCCAUUUCUGCCCUGGAUUCCCCGUUUCCUUUCAUCUGGUUUUUCUACCCCUUCCUGCCUUCUCAUUUAUACUUUUGGGCAAAUGUCACCCUUUUGGUAUUGUAUAAUUGUUUGUUCUAUGGAGCACAUUCUUUUCGGAUAUUAUUGUUUAUUUUAUAGGCCUGUCUGUUGCUUGGCUGUAAGGUGGUUUCCAGGAAUGGCUGCAGUUCCAAGUUGGAGGGGUGUCAUAGGGCUGUAGUCUCAGGGGUUCCUCCAGUCUCUAUCCGGGCAGUUAAGUCUGGUCUUUUUUUUAUGAAUUUGAUUUUUCUACGUUUUUCUCCCGUUUUGUCCUGGACCCUCUAUUGUGAUCCUGGUGAGAGCAGUCGGGAGUGGUGGCUGGGUACUAUCUAGUCUCAAAAUCUUGUAGGCUGUGGUGCAUAUGGUCCAUUAGUCCUUUGGACUAAUUGCACCCUUGAAUAUUUUGUUUUCUUCAUUCUCUUUUACUCCAUGCAAGAAGAGACCACUAGUUGUGUUUUAGAUGGCCACCUGCAACCUUUUAAGAUCCCAGAUGCUACUCAACAAAGCAGGAUGCAGAACAUUGUUUUUAUGCACUGUUAUGCCAGUUGACAUAAAUGUCGUCCCCCCCCCCGAAUCUGUGGUCCUUAGCCUUCAAGCAUAGUACCUUUGUCCUAGGAGGUAUUUGUUGAUAAGAAGUUUCCAUGACUGUGCCCCUUGUGUGUACUGUUGUCUAUAUUAGUAUACGUGAAACACGUACACAUAUGUAUGUAGAGAUAUCCACAACCUAACGUUUAUAUGCAGGUAGGUGUGCUUCCUUACAUCCUCCCACACCGCUUUAGCAUACCUGUCUACCUGUGUCACUAUGAGUUGGAAUUGACUCAAUGGCAUUGGGUUUGGUUUGGUUUUUUGUUUUCGUAUCUGUGUAUCCCUUCGUAAAUUAUUGUUUGUUAAUACUAUUGUUGAAGGAUUGUCUGUGUUAUAGUAAUUGCCAUAAUUGCCCUUUAUUCUUGUGUUCCUCUCAGUGUCUUCCUUUGCCUUUGUCAUAUUGUGCUGACUUUCCCCCAUAUAGUGUAUUGCCUUUCCUUUCACCAAUAUUACCACGUGUCUUCAAUCUAUUUAGUAAUUUACCCUCCCUUCCCCUACUUUCCCUGGUUACCAUCAAAGAAUCUUUUUUGUGUGAGUAAACCUUUUCUUUUUUUUAUAUAAUAGUGGACUUAUACAAUAUUUGUCCUUUUGUGAUUGGUUUAUUUCAUUCAGCAUAAUGUCCUCCAAAUUCAUCCAUGUUAUGAGAUGUUUUGUGGAUUUGUCAUUAUUCUUUAUUGUUGUGUAGUAUUCCAUCGUGUGUAUGUACCACAGUUUGUUUAUCCAUUCAUCUGUUGAUAGGCACUGAGGUUUCCAUCUUUUUGCUAUUGUGAAUAAUGCUGCAAUGAACAUGAGUGUGCAUAUGCCUAUUAAUGUCACGGCUUUUAUUUCUCUAGGGUAUAUUCCUAGGAGGGGGAUUGCUGGUUCAUAUGGUAUUUCUAUUUCCAGCUUUUUUUUUAUUAUGCUUUAUUUAGAUGAAGGUUUACAGAGAAAAUUAGUUUCUCAUUAAACAAUACACAUUUUGUUUUGUGACAUUGGGUGCCAGUCCCACAACGUGUCAACACUCUCCCCUUCUCGACCUUGAGUUCCCCAUUUCCAUUCAUCCAGCUUUCCUGUGCCCUCCUGCCUUCCCCUCCUUGCCCCUGGGUUGGUGUGCCCAUUCAAUCUCAUCUACAUGGUUGAGCUACAUGUAUUAUUGUUUGUUUCAUUGGUGUCUUUGUUAUCUAGUGCUGCUAUAGCAGAAGUACCACAAGUGGAUGGCUUUAACAAAGAGAAAUUUAUUUCUUCACAGUAAAGUAGGCUAAAAGUCCAAAUUCAGGGUGUCAGCUCCAGGGGAAGGCUUUCUCCCUCUGUCAACCUCCUUAUCAAUCUUCCCAUGGACUAGGAGCUUCUCCGCACAGGGAUGCCAUGUCCAAAGCAUGCAUUCUGCUCCCAGCACUGCUUUCUUGGUGGUAUGAGGUCCCCCCUCCACCGCCCGCUGGCUUCCCUUUUUACCUCUUGAGAGAUAAAAAGGUGGUGCAGGCCACACCCCAGGGAAACUCCCUUUACAUUGGAUCAGGGAGGUGACCUGGGUAAGGGUGAUACAAUCCCACCCUAAUCCUCUUUAACAAAAUUACAAUCACAAAAUGGAGCACAACCACACAAUACUGGGAAUUAUGGCCUAACCAAGUUGACACAUACUUUUGGUGGGCAUAAUUCAAUCCAUGACAAUUGGCCUGUCUAAUCUGGUUGAAGUGUGAACCUCGGGAGUGACUUCAGUACUGAGUUAAAAGGGUGUCCAGUUCCAUACUCUCAGGGCUUCUCCAGUCUCUGUAAGACUAAGACCAGUAAGUCUGGUCUUUUCUGUCAGUUUGAAUUUUCUUCUACAUUUUUCUCCAGCUCUGUCCAAGACCCUCAAUGGUGAUCCCUGUCCGAACAGUUGGUGGUGGUAGCCAGGCACCAUCUAGCUGUGCUGGGACUCAGUCUGGUGGAGGCUGUGGUAAAAGGCUGUGGUAGUUGUGGUCUGUUAGUCCUUUGGACUAAUCCUUCCCUUGUGUCCUUGGUUUUCUUCAUUCUCCCUUACUCCAGACGGGUGGGACCAGUGAAGUAUCUUAGAUGGCUGCUCACGAGCUUUUAAGUCCCCAGACACUACUCACCAAAGUAGGAUGUAGAACAUUUUCUUUAUAAACUAUGUUAUGCCUAUUGAGCUGGGUGUCCCCAGAGACUGGUCCCCAGCCCUCAGCCCGGUAAUUCAGUCCUUCAGGGAGUUGGGAUGUGUCUAUGAAACUUAUAUGAUUUUGCCUUGGUCAAGUUGUGCUGACUUCCUCAGUAUUGUAUACUGUCUUACACUUCCCCAAGUUACUACUUAGUGUCUAGUUAGGGUUUUUCCCUCCCAACCUUGUAACCAUCAAAGAUUGUUUCUUUUCUGUGUGUAAAUCUUUUUGUGAGUUUUUAUAAUAGUGAUAUCAUACAGUGUUUGUCCUUUAGUGAUUGACUUAAUUUCACUGAGCAUCAUGCCCUCCAGAUUCAUCCAUAUUGUGAGAUGUUUCACAGAUUCAUCAUUGUUCUUUAUCGUUGCAUAGUAUUCCACUAUGUGUAUGUACCAUAUUUUAUCUGUUGAUGGGCACUUAGGUGGUUUCCAUCUUUUUUGUUAUUGUGAAAAAUGCUGCAGUGAACAUGGGUGUGCAUAGGUCUAUUCAUGUGACGUCUCAUUUCUUUAGGAUGUGUUCCUAGGAGUGGAAUUGCUGGAUCAUAUGGUAUGUCUUUUUCUAGCUUUUUAAGGAAGCGCCAUAUUGUUCUCUAAAAUGGUUGUACCAUUUUACAUUCCCACCAGCAGUACAUAAAAGUUCCAGUCUCCCUGCACCUUCUCCAAUAUUUGUUAUUUUGUUUUCUUUGAUUAGUGCCAUUGAUGUCGGAGUGAGGUGGAAUCUAAUUGUAGUUUUAAUUUGCAUCUCUGUAACGGCUAAUGGUUGCAAGCAUUUCUUCAUUUGUUUGUUAGCUGCCUGUGAUGGUUAAGAUUGCAUGUCAAUUUGGCUGGGCCGUGAUUCUCAGUGUUUUGGCAGUUGUAUAAUGUUGUGAUUACUUCCCUGUUGAAAUUUGAUAUGUGUUGGAAUCUGCUGAGUGGUACUGGUGGGGGCGGGGCCUAUGCCAGCUCACCGCCCCCUCAGCCUGCAUCUCCCUGCCCUCAUCCACCUAUUUCCUUUCUGCUCACCUUGGCAGGGCUUUUGCUUGUUCUGGAUCCUGCAGCUGGCUCCCAUUCGUCUAGUCUCCAGUUUGCGGGACUUUGGCUAGCAGCUUGCUGGCAUCUUGCCUGCUGAUCAUCCGUUUUCACAGCCUGUGGCAGCACUGCUCUCCGGCCUGCCAAUCUUGGGUUUGCCAGCCCCUGAGGCUACAUGAAUGAGUAGAAUUUUCUUCCCUGCCUCACGGACUUGGGACUCACAGCCUGUAAAAACCAUGCGAGCCAUUUUCUUGAUAUAAAUCUCUCUCUCAUUACAUAUAUAUAUAUAUAUAUAUAUAUAUAUAUGCUUUACUGGUUUUGCUUCUCUGGAGAACCCAGCCUAAGACACCGCCUGAAUAUCUUCUUUGGAGACGUGUCUAUUCAUGUCCUUUGCCCAUUUUUAAUUGGAUUGUUUGUCUUUUUUAUUGUUGAGGUGUUGAAGUUUUCUAUAAGUUUUAGAGAUUAACCCCUUGUCAGGUAUGUCGUAGCUGAAAAUUUUUUCCUAGUCUGUAGGUCCUCUUUUUACUUUUUUGGAGGAGUCUUUUGAUGAGCGUAAGGAUCCCAUUCAUCUAGUUUAUCUUCUGUUGUUUAUACAUUUUUAGAUACAGUUGGUAUACUUUUAAUGCCAUGUAUUAGGCCCCUACAGUUGUCCCUAUUUUUUCUUCCAUGAUCUUUAUAGUUGUAGGUUUUAUAUUUAGGUCUUUGAUCCAUUUAAACUUAGUUUUUGUGUAUGGUGUAAGGUAUGGGUCCUGUUUCAUUUUUCUACAGAUAACCAGCUUUGCCAGCACCAUUUGUUAAAAAGACUGUCUCUUCUCAUUUAUUCGACAUUGACCUUUGGUCAAAGAUCAGCUGUUCAUAGGUGGAUGGAUUUACUUCUGGGUUCUCAGUUCUGUUCCAUUGGUCUGUGUGUCUGUCAUUGUACCAGUACCAGGCUGUUUUGACUACUGUGGCUGUGUAGUAAAUUCUGAGAUCAGGUAGUGUGAGGUUUCCUACUUUGUUCUUCUUCAGUAAUGCUUUACUUACCCUGGCCUCGUUCCUUUCCAUAUAAAGGUUGUGAUUUAUUUUUCCAUGUCCUUAAAGAAUGGUAUUUGAAUUUGAAUCAGGAUUGCAUUAUAUCUGUAGAUCGCUUUGGGUAGUUAGUGACAUUUUCACAAUGUUAAUCCUUCCUAUCCAUGAACAUGGCAUGUUUUUCCAUUUAUGUAGGUCUUUUUUGGUUUCUUGCAGUAGUAUUUUUCGUUUUCUUUGUGUCUGAUAAUUUUUAGCCAAAUGUUGGGUGUAGUAUGUAGGACAGUAUAAACUGAGAUAAACAGUAUUUAUGUCUUGAUAUAAACAGGGAUCUCUUCUGGUAGGCCAUUAGCAUGAAGGGAUUGAGUCCAUCUAGUCAGGACCUGAGCUGGGUUUGAGUUUUGUUGUUGCUAUGGCUACCUUCAGUGUACCAUAGACUUCAAAUUCCUCUAGUGUUACCUUGUGCUUAUGGUAGGUACUGCUUUGCCAGAGAAUUUUUCUCAAUGUUCCCGCAGUACCCUGGGCUUUAGGCCUUUCCUGUGUUCCUGAAUCUCAGAGAGGAUCUUUCCAUUUUCUUGCCUCUUCCUCAUUAGUAGACUGUUGUUAUUACUCCAUUCUUGCUGGCCCAGUGGAAGGGUGGCUCAAGUAUAUUCUCUGUUGUCCUGGGCCAGCCUCAGGUUUAGACAGGUUGUGGGUCUUGAGGGUGGGUCUUUUUCACUGAUUCUGCUCCUUUUCCAUUGCUAGAAGGCCUCUGAUGCUCUGGGCCAGUGAUGGUUUCAUGCCCUUCCUCCACAGGUAGAGGAUUGGUUUUAUUUGUUUCCGUCCCUCUAGCCAAAAUGGAUCUUUUUUUUUUUUAGCCAAAAUGGAUCUUCACUUUUCCCCUGGGAGCAACAGGGUUUGCUGCAUUUCCCCUAUUGGCUUAAGGUUUUUAUUCUGUAGGGAAAUAGCCCGUUGGGGCUUUGAUGGUGCAAUGGUUAAGUGCUUGGCUGCUAACUGAAAGGUUAGCAAUUUGAACCCACCAGCCCCUCCACAGGAGAAAGAUGUGACAAUCUGCUUUCAUAAAGGUUUACAAUGUUGGAAACCAGUGGGACAGUUCUGUUGUAAUCUGCAGGGUCGCUGUGAGUCAGAAUCAACUCGACGGCAAUGGGUUUGGUGUGGUUUGGUUUUAUUUUGCUUGCUUUUUUCCUGGUCCAUUUCUUCUCUUCUUCAGGAACAUCAGUUAUGAAUUUUGAGAUGUCUUUGUUAUCUUCUACAUUUAUUUCAUACCACUCUACACUUAUUUCAUAGAAUUAUUCUUUUUAGUUUUAUUUUGUGUGAUUGACUCUAGCUCCUUGUUGGGAAACAAUUCUCCAUGAAUCUCUCAUGUUUGCUUAUGUCUAGAUAUUAAUAACCGAUUUUCUCAGAUUUAUUUACAUUCCAGAAUAGUGAAGAAAGAGAAUGUCUCCGUCUCUGGAGACAUUCCACGAUAGUAAAGACCUUUCUCUUUCCUUCACAGAGAAGACUUGCUUACAUUCCAAGGUAAUAAUGUCUCUCUCUAAAGAGGAGGACCAUCAGGUUUGCUAAUAGUCCCUUAUAAUAUAUAUUGAGGGUGUGAAGGUUAAGGUUGUGUGUCAUCUUGGCUAGGUCAUGAUUCUCAGUGGUUUGGCAGUUACAUAAUGAUGUAGUUAUCUUCCAUCUUGUGAUAUAAUCAUCUCCAUAAUGUGAUCUGAUGUGAUUAGAUAGUUGUAAGGGGAGUUUCCUUGGGGGUGUGGCCUGCAUCCAGUAUAUAUGGGCAUUCUGACAAAGCUUACUGGCUUUUGAUUGCUCUGGAUCCUGCAUCCGGUUCAUCAUCAUCUGAUCUCUGGUUCAUGGGGCUUGAGCCAGCGGCCUGCUGUAUUGCCUGGUGAUUUUGGAAUUCAUCAGUCUAUGCAGGCUGUUAACCAGCAGCCUGCCAUCUUAUCUGCCAGUCUUGGAUUCAUCAGCCUCUGCAGCCUGUGAGCCAGCAGCCUUCCAUCUGACCUGUUGAUCUUGGGUUCGUAAGCCCCUGUAGCUACCUGAGUUAGGAGAAGCCUCCAGCCUGACAUCUGACCCACGGACUUGGGACUUUCCAGCCUCUACAACUGCGUGAGCCAUUUCCUUGAGAUCAAUAUCUACAUAUAUAUGUGUGUCUGUGUGCAGUUCUACUCUGUCCUAUAGGGUCGCUAUGAGUCAGAUUCGACUUGAUGGCAGUGGGUAUAUAUAUAUAUGUGUGUAUAUAUAUAUAUGUAUAUAUAUAUACACACAUAUAUAUGUAACGUUCACUGGUUUUGCUUCUCUAGAGAAUGCAGCCUAAGAUAUUUGAUACUGAGAGUGGUUUUAGAGAAACAAAAUUUUAAGGACACGUUUUCUAAAUUGGUUCUCAGGUCUGGUAAGACUUAAAAAUCUUGAUGACUCUGCUUCCAUUAGUAAAGAGAGUGCUGCUAAUACAUGGUGUGAGGUAGCAAUAGAAAUAUGCAAAAUAUCACUGCCAAUACAUUAAAUAUUGGUGAGAGGCAAGGCUCUGGGUGAUUGCAUGUUUGAUACUUUUCUACAAUGUUGCGAGAAUGAGAAGUGUAAGGAAGCUGAUUGGUUGGUCCUGUUUUUGCUAGACAACGUGGUGAAAGAAAGAGAUGAGUUCAGGGCUUCAGAUUCACAGCUCAAGUACCGCAUAAAUGACUUCAAAGUUGCCACUUGUGCCCUGAAAUAAAGUCUUAUUUCUUGUAGUAACAGCUGAUAUUGCUGAAAACCAAACCCAGAGUCUUAUUGUAAGUGUGGCUGAAUUACAAUGUCAGUAGAAUUCCCAACCUUGAACCAUGUCUGAAGUUAAAGUGAAAGCAUUGAUUGGGAAGAAAUGGGAUCCUGAAACUUGGUAUGGGGACAUACAGGUAGAUAAUCAGGAAGAUGGGCACACUGAAUCCCUAAAUUCUGUUGAAUCACUACUACUAACAGAACCAGCCCUCUCACUCCCAUCUGAAGAGAUUACUCCAUCUGUGUCUGCUAAGCCAUCCCCCCUACACACACUAAAACCAUUAGCUCCUCCAUCCCAUAUGAUGAGAUUAACCCAGCUGUGUCUGAAGGGCCUUUGUCUGAGUCAAUGCCUGGGGCAUCACCUGAAGCAGAUGCCUUAAAAGAUAUUGCUGAAUAUUCUCAGAACACAUCCUCACCACCCGUUUUUGCUUCUAGACAUAUAACCAGACUUAAGUCCCAGCAAACCCAAAAAGGUGAAGUACAACGUGUGACCCAGGAGGAGGCACGCUGCACUCCAUAGGAACAGAUUGACUUUUCUAAUAUGUACAAACAGAAACCUGGGGAACGUGUGUGGGAAUGGUUAUUAAGGGUGUGGGAUAAUGGUGCAAGGAACAUAAAGCUGGAUCAGUCUGAACUUAUUGAUAUGGGCCCACUAAGCACAGACUCUUCAUUCAGAGUUUCAGCUUCAGAGGCUAGGAAAGGAUCUAAUAGGUUAUUUUGUUGGUUCACUGAAGCAUGGGUUAUGCAGUGGCCUACACUAAAUCAAGUUGAAGUACCAGACCUGCCUCAGUAUCCUGUAGAAGGUAUCCAAAGGCUUAGGGAAAUUACCAUGUUUGAGUGAAUUUGUCAGAUUAGACCUACAGACCCAUACGUGGAGUCCCCAGAGGACAUACCUUUUACCACAACGGUGAGGAACAAAUUUGUGAAAGGAGCCACAGCAUCCUUGAAGACUGCUGUGAUUGCUAUUUUAUGUAAGUCAGAUUUGACAGUGGCAACUGCCCUAACUGAAUUAAGACACCUAACUACAAUGGGGCUGAUUGGACCCCGUGGUGGUAGGGACCAAGUGGCGGCACUCAAUCGACAAAGACAAGGUAGGAAUGGUUACCAUAAUGGACAGCAGAGUCAAAGCAGUAAUCAGAAUAUGACAUCUAUGGACUUAUGGCAUUGGCUGCUUAGUCAUGGUGUCCCUAGGAGUGAAAUAGGUGGGAAAUCUACUAAAUAUUUACUUGAUUUGUACAAGUGGAAGAAUUUUAGGUGAAGUGAGCAGCAGUCUAACUCGAAUGGUCAGAAUAGUCAUGGCCCCUAAAUAAAUCUCCAGACUUGACCCAGAUUACAGACCCACAACCCCUUAAAUGAAGGGGCAGUUGGUACCCCUUGAGGACCAAUUACACUGCCAAAGAUUUAUACUGGUAGUCAUUCUCCCAGCCUUCCCCAAAGGCAUCUAUGGCCUUUUAUGAGACUUUUGGGGGAUUACUGGAUACUGGUUCUGAACUGACACUGAUUCCAGGAGACCCAAAAUGUCAGUGUGGCCCACAAGUCAGAGUGGGGGUGUCUGGAGGUCAGGUAUUUAGUGGAGCCUUAGCUCAAGUUCAUCUCACAGUGGGUCCCCAAAUCUAUCCUUUAGUGAUUUUUCACAUUUCCAGAAUACAUAAUUGGAAGAGAGAUACUGAGCAACUGGCAGAACCCCCAUAUUGGAUCCCUGACAAGUGGAGUAAGGGCUAUUAUGGUAAGAAAAGCCAUGCGGAGUCCAUUAGAACUGCCCUACCUGGGAAAAUAGUAAGCCAAAAGCAAUACCGCUUUCCUGGAAGGAUUGCAGAUUACUGACACCAUCAAGGACUUGAAUGAUCCAGGGGUGGUGAUUCCCACCACAUCCCCAUUCAGCUUGCCUAUUUGGCCUGUGCAAAAACAGAUGAAUCUUGGAAAAUGACAAUGGAUUAUGAUAAACUUAACCAGGUGGUGACUCCAAUUGCAGUUGCUGUUCCAGAUAUGGUUUCAUUGCUUGAGCAAAUGAAUACAUCUCUUGGUACCUCAUAUGCAGCUGGCCAAUGCCUUUUUCUCGAUUCCACUUUCAAAGGAACACUAGAAGCAGUUUGCCUUCAGCUGGCAAGCCCAGAAAUAUACCUUCACUGUCCUACCUUAAGGGUAUAUCAGCUCUCUAGCCCUGUGUCAAAAUUUAGUCCGCAGAGACCUUGAUUGCUUUUCCCUUCCACAAGACGUCACACUGGUCAGUUUCAUUGAUGACAUUAUGCUGACUGGACCUAGAAAGGAAGAAGUGUCAAUGACUCUGCACUGACUGGUAAAACAUUUGCAUGCUAGAGGGUAGUAAAUUAAUCCCACAAAAAUUCAAGCAUCUGCUACCUCAGUGAAAUUUCUAGGGGCCCAGGGGUGUGGCGCAUGUCAAGAUAUUCCUUCUCAAGUGAAGAAUAAGUUGUUUUGUCUGCCUGCCCCACAACUGAAAAGAAGGCACAAUACCUGGUGGAUCUGUUUGGAUUUUGGAGGUAGCAUAUUCCUCAUUUGGGUGUGCUAUUCCAGUUUAUUUAUCAAGUGACUUGAAAAGCUGCUGGUUUUGAGUGGGACCUAGAACAAGAGAAGGCUCUGCAACAGGUUCAGGCUGCCGUGCAAGCCUCUUUGCCACUUGGGACAUAUGAUCCAGCUGAUACAGUCGUGCUUGAAGUGUUAGUGGCAGAGAUGCCGUUUAGAGUCUUUGGCAGGCCCCUGUUGGUGAAUCACAGUGCAAACCCUUAUAAUUUUUGAGCAAAUCCUGCCAUCCUCUGCAGAUAACUACUCUCCUCUUGCAAAACAGCUUUUGGCUUGUUACUGGGCCUUAGUAGAGCCUGAAUACUUAGCCAUGAGCUACCAAGUCACCAUAUACCUGAGAUGCCCAUCAUGAACUGGGUGUUGUCUGACCCAUGGAGACAUAAAAUCGGACAUACACGGCAGCACUCCACCCUUAAAUGGAAGUGCUGUAUAUGAAACCGGGCCCAAGCAGGGCCUAAAGGCACAAAUAAGUUGCAUGAGGAAGUAGCCCAAAUGCCCAUAGUCUCCAUAUUACCUACCCUCUUCCAAUCUGCACCUGUGGCCUCAUGGGGAGUUCCUUAUCAGUUGACUGAGGAAGAGAAAGCUCGUGACUGGUUUACAGAUGGUUCUGCAUGGUAUGCAGGCAUCACUUGAAAGUGGGCAGCAGCAGCAUUACAACCCCUUUUUGGGACUUCCCUGAAGGACAGUGGUGAAAGGAAUUCUCCCAGUGGGCAGAACUUCUAGCAGUGCACCUGGGUGUUCACUUUGCUUGGAAGGAGAAAUGGCCAGAUGUGCAAUUGUAUACUGAUUCAUGGGCUGUGGCCAGUGUUUGGCUGGAUGGUUAGGGUCUUGAAAUGAACAUGACUGGAAAACUGGAGACAAGGAGAUACGGGGAAGAGGUAUGUGGAUAGACUUCCACAAAUGGGCUAAAGAAGUGAAGAUAUUUGUGUCUCAUGUGAAUACUCACCAAAGGGUGACCUCAGCAGAGGAGGAUUUUAACAAUCAAUUGGAUGGAUGAUGCCUUCUGUGGAAACCAGUCACCCUCUUUCCCCAGCCACCCCCGUCAUUGUCCAAUGGGCUAUGAGCAAAGUGGCCACGGUGGCAGGGAUGGAGGUUAUAUGUUGGCUCAGCAACAUGGACUUCCAUCUGCCAAGGCCAGCUUGGCUACAGCCACUGCAGAGUGCCCAAUCUGCCAGCAGAAGAGACCAACACUGAGUCCCUGAUAUGGAACCAUUCUUCAAGGUGAUCAGUCAGCAACCUGCUGGCAGGUUGAUUACAUUGGACUGCUUCUGUCAUGGAAAGGGCAGCAUUUUGUUCUCACUGGAAUAGAUACUCUGGAUACAGAUUUGCCUUUGCUCCAUGUAAUGCUUUUGCCAAGGCUACCACUCAUUGACUUCGCAGAAUGCCUUAUCCAUAAUCAUGGUAUCCCACACAGCAUCGCUCGCAUCAAGGGACUCACUUCAUAGGAAAUAAAGUGUGGCAAUGGGCCCAUGCUCAUGGAAUUUACUAGUCUUACCAUGUUCCCAGUCAUCCUGAAGCAGCUGGCUUGAUAGAACAGUGGAAUGGCCUUCCAAAGACACAAUUAGAGUAACAGCUAGGUGGCAAUACCUUGCAGGGUUGGGGCAGUGUAAUCCAGGAGGCUGUAUAUGUUCUAAACAAGCAUCCAGUAUAUGUUGCUGUUUCUCCCAUAGCCAGGAUUCAUGGGUCCAGGAGUCAAGGGGUGGAAAUGGGAGUGGCAUCACUCACUGUUAGCCCUCGCGACCCACUUGCAAAAUUUUUCCUUCCUGUCCCUGCAACCCUACGCUCUGUGGAUCUAGAGGUUUUAGUUCCAAAGGGAAGAAUGCUCCUACCAGGAGACACAACUGAUUCUUUUGAACUGGAAGUUAAGAAUGCUACCUGGUCACUUUGGGCUCUCAUGCCUCUGCAUCAACAGGCAAUGAAGAGAGUUACUGCAUUGGCUCAUGUGAUUGGUCGUGAUUACCAAGAGGAAAUAGGAUUCAUAUUACAUAAUAGAGGUAAAGAAGGGUAUGUCUGGAAUACAAGAGAUCCCUUAAUGUCUCUUAGUACUACCAUGCCCUGUGAUUAAAGUCAAUGGAAAACUACAGCAGCCUUGUUCUGACAUGACUGCUAAUGGCCAAGAACCUUUAGUAAUUAAUGUUUGGAUUACCCACCAGGCAAAGAACUAUGACCAGCUGAGGUGCUUGCUGAGGGUAAAGGGAAUAUGGAAUAGGUGGUGAAAGAAGGUAGUUCUAAAUACCAGUUAUGACCAUGUGAAUGGUUUCAGAAACGGGGACUGUAAUUGUUAGGCAUAUUCCUUCCUUAUGUAUGUGCAUCAAAUAUUUUUGUUUUCUUCACUUAUAAAAUAUAAGAUGUAAAAGGACCUACAUAAGUGGAAAAACAUACCUUGCUCAUGGAUAGGAAGACUUAACAUAGUAAAAAUGUCUAUUCUACCAAAAGCCAUCUAUACAUACAAUGCACUUCCGAUCCAAAUUCCAAUGACAUUUUUUAAUGUGAUGGAGAAACAAAUCACCAACUUCAUAUGGAAGGGAAAGAAGCCCCGGAUAAGUAAAGCAUUACUGAAAAAGAAGAAGAAAGUGGGAGGCCUCACUCUGCCUGAUUUUAGAACACAUUAUACAGCCACAGUAGUCAAAACAGCCUGGUACUGGUACAACAGGCACAUAGACCAAUGGAACAGAAUUGAGAACCCAGAUAUAAAUCCCUCCACAUAUGAGCAGCUGAUAUUUGACAAAGGCCCAGUUUCAGUUAAUUGGAGAAAAGAUAGUCUUUUUAACAAAUGGUGCUGGCAUAACUGGAUAUCCAUUUGUAAAAAAAUGAAAAGGACCCAUACCUCACACCAUGCACAAAAACUAACUCCAAGUGGAUCAAAGACCUAAACAUAAAGACUAAAACGAUAAAGAUCAUGGAAGAAAAAAUAGGGACAAUGUUAGGAGCCCUAAUACAAGGCAUAAACAGAAUACAAAACAUUACCAAAAAUGACGAAGAGAAACCAGAUAGCUGGGAGCUCCUAAAAAUCAAACACCUAUGCUCAUCUAAAAACUUCACCAAAAUAAUACAAAGACCACCUACAGACUGGGAAAAAAUUUUCAGCUAUGACAUCUCUAACCAGCGCCUGAUCUCUAAAAUCUAUAUGAUUCUGUUAAAACUCAACCACAAAAAGACAAACAACCCAAUCAAGAAGUGGGCAAAGGAUAUGAACACACACUUCACUAAAGAAGAUAUUCAGGCAGCUAACAGAUACAUGAGGAAAUGCUCUCGAUCAUUAGCCAUUAGAGAAAUGCAAAUUAAAACUACGAUGAGAUUCCAUCUCACUCCAACAAGGCUGGCAUUAAUCCAAAAAACACAAAAUAAUAAAUGUUGGAGAGGCUGCGGAGAGAUUGGAACUCUUAUACAUUGCUGGUGGGAAUGUAAAAGGGUACACCCACUUUGGAAAUCUAUCUGGCAUUUUCUUAAAAAGUUAGAAAUAGAACUACCAUACAACCCAGAAAUCCCACUCCUCGGAAUAUACUCUAGAGAAAUAAGAGCCUUUACACGAACAGAUAUAUGCACACCCAUGUUUAUUGCAGCUCUGUUUACAAUAGCAAAAACCUGGAGGCAACCAAGGUGCCCAUCAACAGAUGAAUGGUUAAAUAAAUUAUGGUAUAUUCACACGAUGGAAUACUACACAUCGAUAAAGAACAGUGACGAAUCUGUGGAGCAUUUCAUAACAUGGAGGAACCUGGAAGGCAUUAUGCUGAGUGAAAUUAGAGGCAAAAGGACAAAUAUUGUAUAAGACCACUAUUAUAAGAUCUUGAGAAAUAGUAUAAACUGAGAAGAACACAUACUUUUGUGGU